UGGUCAGGGAUGGGUCAUAAUGGGUGACCAGUUCACCUGAUGUUAUUGGUCUCUUUGUUUCCUUGAAUGCUCUUUCACAUCUUUCUGACCAUUCCCACUUUGCUGCUGACUGUAACAGGAUGCAGCACUGUAGCAAUGUUCGGGAGAAACUGGCGGCAGUAGCUUACAAGCCCCAAAUGUGACCUCUGUUGUGACACAUUUUCCAGUUGGGUGUCUGUAGCACUGCUUCGGUCUUCUCUUAUGACUUACGUAAGCCAUGCUUGUCAAUGACAUGUCCACUAUAUGAGGUUCAUUAUUGAAAAACUCACAUUUCUCUCUCUUUGCGUGCAGACCAUACUCACUCUGCCUGGUAAGCACUUUACCAAGGUUCGGGAGGUGCUCUUCAUCAUUCUUGCCAGUCACAAUGAUGCCAUCAAGAUUUAUUGCUUGUCUCCAUUUAGUACAGAAGGACCUCACUCUGCUUAGAUUCCUUCUAAACUACCAACGAUGGACAACACUACGGAAUAUGCAGACUAUGAUUAUGAAUAUAUUUGUGAGAAAGACGCCGUCAACGAUUUUACAGCGCAACUGAUGCCUCCAUUUUAUUCGCUUGUGCUAAUGUUGAGUCUACUUGGAAAUGGACUGGUUUUGGUGAUAUUGGUAAAAUAUGAAUACCUAAAAACAAUUACAAAUAUAUUCAUUCUUAAUCUUGCCAUUUCAGAUUUGCUUUCUGCUGUUAGCCUCCCCUUCUGGGCAGUGCAUCAUAUAAUGGGAUGGAUCUUUGGGAAUGUAAUGUGCAAAAUAAUGAGUGGCGUAUUUAACAUUGGCUUUUACAGUGGUAUAAUGUUCCUAACACUGAUGACAAUUGAUCGGUAUCUUGCAGUUGUUCAUGCAGUAAGUGCUGUGAGAUCCAGAAAAGUUCGUUACGCAACAAUAACGAGCACUGUUGUCUGGCUAGUUAGUAUAAUCGCAACCAUCCCUGAGUUUCUCUUUUCCAAAUCUGCAAAGGGCGAUAAUGAUGUCUUAAUUUGUGACAACACUUACCCAAAAUCUAAAUCAGUUCCAUGGAUACUAUUAAAAAAUUCUCAACAAAAUGCAUUGUUCUUUAUUCUUCCAUUGAUCAUCAUUGUGUACUGCUAUUUUAGGAUAAUUCAAACAAUAAUAAAGUGCAGAACAGUACAGAAGCACAGGACUCUAAGAGUAAUAUUCUCCAUUGUAGUGGUGUUUUUCUUGUGUUGGGCACCAUACAACGUUGUGAUUUUUUUGAGAUCUUUGGAGGAGCUCAAUAUACUAGAUGCUGUGGACUGUGAUUAUGAUAGAAAAAUGGAUUACGCAUAUACUGUCUCUUACAGCAUAGCUUAUUUCCAUUGCUGCCUCAAUCCCAUUUUUUAUGCUUUUGUUGGUGAAAAAUUUAGAAGGCACCUAAUUUAUUUCUGCGGCCAUUGCAUGCCAUAUAGUCUGAUUUGUCCUACGCAGAUAAGUGUCAGCAGGAAUACCAAUUUAGAAGGAUCUGAUGGAAAUGAUACAACAAAUAACUGGUAAAAACAUGCAACGUAGAACAGUACAGCAGAGGACCAGGCCUUCUGGCCUGAUAUGUUUCCGCCCACUAUGAUGCAAAGAGCAUUGUGUGCAGAGCUGAUCGCCACACCACAGGAAGGAUGUGGAGGAUCUGGAAAGACCAGGAAAGGUUCACCAGGAUUUUGUCUGGAUAAGGGAAUAUUAUCCAUAAGGAGACACUGGAGGAUUAGAAACUGAGGGACAAUCUGAUAGAAAUAUAUAAAUUUACGAAAGGCGUAGAGAGGGCAAAUUGUCAGAAUCGGAUUCAGAUUCUUUUAUCCCAGGGCAGAAAUAUCAAUACCACAAGGCACAGAUUUUAUAAUGGGGGGGUGGGAAGUCUUAAAGGAGACUUGUGAGCCAAGUUUUGUUCUGUGGAAUGCUCUGCCUCAGAAGGCAGUGGAGGCCAAUUUUCUGGAUUCUUUCAAGAAAGAGUUAGAUAGAGCUCUUAAAGAUAGCGGAGUGAAGGGAUAUGGGGAGAAGGCAGGAAGAGGGUACUGAUUGUGGAUGAUCAGCCAUGUUCACAGUGGUGCUGGCUUGUAGGGCUGAAUGGCCUACUCCUGCACCUAUUGUCUAUUGUUUUCUUCUUAAGUAGAGAGUGGCAGUUGCAUGGAGCAUGCUGCCUGUGGAAUUGUUAGAAGCAGGUACACUUGCCACAAUUAAGAGGUAUUUGGACAAGGACGUGAAUAGUCAGAGAGCAAAGGGAUAAAAGUGGAGCGUACAAAUAGGAUUAUUUUGAUUGGCAUCUUGGUCGGUGCAUACAGGGUGGACCAAAGGGCCUAUUCCUAUGCUGUACUGUUCCAUUAAGUUCUACAUUCAAGGGCAUGUUGACUCUCCCUAAUAAGCCAAUGCUUUUCCAAACAUGUGUAAAUCUUAUUCCUAAGAAUCUUCUUCAAUAAUUCCCUACUGCCGAUAUGAGUCUCAUUGGCUAAAAUUCCCCAGUUUGUUGCCGUUGCCCUUCUUAAACAAAGAGACAACAAUUAUCUAUUGCCCAGCCUUCUAAAGAUGCUGCUAAGUUCUUUGUUGAGCCCCAGCAACCUCCACCCUAAGAUAAAUUCUAUCAGGCCAUGAGGACUUAUCUCCCUUAAUGUUUUUCAAGCCAAUAAAUAGUUGCACAGUAUUAUCAACAUUCCUUAGAAUAUCAACUUAUCCCUCCCUACUCUCACCAUCCAUACUCUUCUCCUCCAUGAAUACAGAUGCAAAGUACUUAUUUAGCACAUACCCAUUUCCUAUCGCUCCAUACAUAAAUUCCCUCUUAUUUCCUUAAUCAUCUACCCUUUUCCCAGCUACUUUCUUGCUCCCUUUGUACAUAUAAAUUUCAUUUUAAAAAAUCUUUUUUAGAAAAUAUAUUUGAAGUAAAAUUAUUGCCUUUGCAAUUUAUGAUGCCUUUGUUUAGUAAAUGUGAUGAUAAGUUUUGAUGUAAAAUAAUGAGAUAUUUUAAGAAAUCUAAAUCAGAAAGCAACAUAUCAGAAAUGCUUGAAAUGUUUUUUCCUCUCAACUUCAGACUGGCUUCUCAGCACAAACGUAGCUGUGCUUUCAUUUGUGAUUAACUUUGCGUUGCUUUUGAAUUCAAUAUCAUUUCUGUAAUUUUUUUCUUGUCUACAUGUCCUGGGAUUGAGAAAUUCUGCUAUUAAUUAUUGACAAUGUUGAACGUUAUGGGUUGAAAGAGUGAAAGAAAGAAA